AGUCCCAAAGGACCAGACUGGACGCAGCCCUGACGUACAGUAGCUAACCGAUAGCAAGAUAUUGAGGUGGUGCAGAUAAUACGGACAUUUCCACAUUAUUUGAAUUCCAACCAUGUCAUGCUAAAAAUAAGAUGGAGCUGAGCAGACGAAAAGUUCCUCUUUAUGGCCAGGCGAAGGUGUUUGCAUUGCUGGAGGGUCUAGAUGCAAUGCCUGGAGAUGUGGAGGUCUUCAUUGUUCUGGAAGGGUCCACCUUGCUCCACUUCAUCAAAGCUCUGAGCGAUGUCAUGCUCUGCUUUAUAGUGCCUGGACACAACCUGGCUGAGGUGGUGUCUGUCCAGGCAUACCUGUGCUCCGAAACGACACCUCUCACCUGCCUGGGAGGAGCUACUCUUGAGUACGUCCAAGAUGACGCUCAGGACCUGGCAGAGCACCUUGUGACCCACGGACAUCGGCUCAGCUCCAUGGAUCACAAGGAGCUGAGCAGCGUCUUCCGCCUGGGCCAGAGGAGCUGCCGCUGGGCUAUGGAUCAGUUGGUUGCCCUGGCCAUGGCCAACCUGGACAUCCCUCAGAGCUGGAAUGUCCUGGGCAGCCCCAGCGGAGAGGUGUACCGUCCCAGAGAGUCGCCCCUCCACCUGGCAGUGCGCUGGGGCCUGGUUCGGCUGGCAGAGUUCCUUCUGUGUCAGCCGGGGGGGCUCAUGGCAGUUCUUCUUCCCAACGAGGACGGCGUCACGCCCCUGCAGCUCGCCCAGUUGGCCGGCAACGCCGAGCUCCAGGACCUGCUCGAAAACCCCCCCAACCCUCUGUCCACGCCACCGGCUGGUCUGUCCCAGGUGUGGGCCGGCCCGGGGCGCCUGCUGAGGUUCUGCCACGACACGGGGACCCUGUCCCUCACGGUCCGACAGAACGGCCGGAGGAACUCGCGGCAAGAACUCCACGCAGACAUCCUCCUUCUCCGGGAGAGGUUCCGGGACGACCAUUUCCUCAAGGAGAUCAGAGGACUGAGGAGAAUGAACACGGGGACUGUCUUAGAGAUGGAAGAAAGCGUGGUCAAUCCUGCAGAAAAUGGUAUGUGUCCCUAUGUAAGCGAAGAUAUCUCAGCCUUGGCAGGAAAUGACUGUGAGGAACCACUCAUGUUCUGCCUGAAUGGGGAGGACGAGGAGCGGUCCCCGACGCAGUCUGAUUCCGAGAAAGGCCAGCCGAUAAGGAAGCACCCGACCCCGGGCUCUACCUCGGCCGCCGCCGCCAGACUGUCGGCCAUGAUACACGGCAAAGACCGAGUGUACGCCAACGCCAUGCUGGUGGACCAGGUGGACGAUGUGGACAUAAAGUACCGCUCUCCAGGGCAGCAGGAGGAAGAGGAGGAGGAGGAGGAGGAGGAAGAUGGGUUCGGCUGUGAGACCCAGGCGGGCAGCCCCGGUGGGCGUUCGCCGUUCUCCAGGAGCCCCCCGGUCGCCGGACGCCCGUCCACACCCCUGGAGAACGGAGACGGGGGGCCGCCGCAGCCCCCCGUCGGGACGCACCACAGGACGCCGUCCUCCCCCGCGGCCUCGCCCCGCUCCCCCUUCGCCUCCUCCCCGUCCCUUCCUUCCUCCCCGCUGGCGUCCGCCUUCCGCCUGUUCGAGGGACACCGGCGGCAGACCCAGCCCAGUGCGCCUCUCUCCCCCGGGCUGCACCACAGGGGCGUCAGCCUGCCAGAGACGGUCCGGAGUCUGAGCCCCAGUGUGGAGUGUGGGAGUGGUGACGAAGACAUCCUGUGCCACUCCUACCCUGUGGUGUGUCCAAGGCAGCAGCCCAGCGCCCCCGCCGAGGACAAGGGCUCCGGCGAAACGUUGCAAGACUAUAACCAGUCGCUCCCCGACAGCACGCACAAAUCAACCCAGCUAACCCCUCACCCGUUUCCUCCUCGGUGUCUCCAGUCCCAGGAGGGCGAAGCGGAGUUUCGUCUGCGCUCCUAUUCCUACUCCUCCCCCAAGGCCAAGCCGACCAGGCCCUUGCUAAACCGAGAGGCAGCCAUCUCUGACCUGGCAGAAGAGCAGAGAGCCUACAGCCUGACGGAGACAACCAGAGACAAGAGGAUUCUGGGUUUCCGUAAGCGGGCCCAAUCCGCCGAGGAGGAGGGCAGCACGUCCAUCCAACACCUCACCCUAACCGAGUUCCUCCAAGAGAUCGAGGACGAGGAGGAUUGGGACAAGUACAUAAUCCCCUCCAAGGUCGAGUCGGAGAAGUACAAGGUCAGCCGCACCUUCAGCUUCCUGAAGAGCAGGAUGUCGAGCACACGCAGCAAGACCAAGGUGAAGGAGAAAGAGGUGAAGGAGGGAAAGCAGAAGACCGGAGGUGCUAAUGGUCACCAGUUUGUGGCGGCCAGUGGCCCCCCGGGCCCUUCAGUCUGCGUGGCCUGUGACCGGCCCGUUCCUGGGAAGGACCUUCUGCAGUGCUCCAACUGUUCCCUGAGUGUCCACAAGAGCUGUCGAGAUUCCGUACCUCCCUGUGGAAAGAAGCCGCAGGACAAGAAUGCACUGUCGACAAAGGGCAAGGCCUCCACUCUCCCACAGAACUCUGCAAAGGACACUUCCUCAUCCCUCUCUUCCUCCCCCUCCUCCUCCUCCUCUCUCAUCACAGCAGCCAGAGAGAAGAGGGAGACGGCUGCUCUCUCCAAGAGCCUCUCCAUCUCCACAGACUGCAGCCGGCGUCUGAGUGACGUAGCGGGCGUGGACGGUGAGGCCGCAGCGGCUUCUCUAAGCCGGAGCUCUCUCUCCGAGGAGACCAUGCAGACCGCGUCGACACCCCCGUCCAGCGACCCCGUCGCCGCCGCCGCCGCCGCCACAGAAGAACCAGUGGACACGCCCCUGUUCAGUGAGCUGUCAGCUGUGCUGCUGGGCCUGGAGGUGGAAUCCUGGAGUCUGGCAGUGAGCUCAGAGUACUGCCGGCUGCACGACAAACGCACCAUCAAGCGGCAGGACGUCAUCUACGAGCUGAUGCAGACGGAGCUGCACCACAUCCAGACGCUGACCGUCAUGGCGGAGGUGUUCCGGCGGGGCAUGCUGGAGGAGCUGCAGCUGGACUGGGCCUGCGUGGCGCGGGUCUUCCCCUGCCUGGACCCCCUGCUGCUGUUCCACAGGAACCUGUUCGGGGCGCUGCAGGAGCGCCGGCACGCCAGCUCCCAGGCCCACCAGCCCCGCGACUACCUGAUCCAGAACAUAGGGGACCUGCUGCUGCAGCAGUUCUCGGAGGAGAAUGCGGAGAAGAUGAAGCAGCUGUACGGGGACUUCUGCAGCCACCACACGGAGGCAGUCAACCUCUUCAAGGAGCUGCAGCAGCAGAACAAGAAGCUCCAGCUCUUUGUCAAGCAACAGAGCAACAAGUCACUGGUCAAGCGGAGGGAGGUGCCAGAGUUCAUCCUGCUGGUCACGCAGCGCAUCACCAAGUACCCAGUACUGCUAGAACGGAUACUGCAGUACUCGCAGGAGGGCAGCCAGGACUACGCCGACCUGUCGCGGGCGCUGUUCCAGAUCCGGGACAUCAUCACGGCCGUGGACCUGAGCGUGAGUCGCUUCGAGAAGGACCAGGAGCUGCAGGAGGUGCUGGGGCGCCUGGAGAACAAGAGCCUGGCCAAGCUGAAGAACGACAAGGUGUUCCGCAAGCAGGACCUCCGCAGCCCCCAGCGCGGCCUGCAGCACAAGGGCCUGGUCUACUGGAAGACCGCCACGGGACGGCUCAAAGACACGCUGGCUCUUCUGCUCACCGACGUUCUGGUGUUCCUGCAAGAGAAGGACCAACGUUAUGUGUUUGCUGCCGUGGACCAGAAGCCGCCCGUCAUCCCCCUGCAGAAGCUCAUCGUCAGGGAGGUAGCCAAUGAGGAGCGAGGGAUGUUCCUGAUCUCCGCCUCCUCCGUGGGGCCCGAGAUGUACGAGGUUCACACGGCGACCCGGGAGGAGCGGAACGCGUGGAUGCGACACAUACGCCACGCUGUGGAGAGCUGUCCUGAGGAAGAGGAGGAGGAGGAGCGCAGCACUGAGUCAGAGGAAGCCAGGCGAGCGUCCGAGGCCAGAGUACAGAAGAUUCAAAAGUUCCAAGAGACUCUACUAAGCCAGGACCAGCAGAUAUGCAGCACCCUGGAGGAGAAGUUGCAGCUCUAUGCCGAGCUUACGGAGCUAACGCUUGGACCGGGAGAGCCAGUGACACAGCGCCAUCUGCUGGCGUCGCCCGAGACUGACGCCGACACACCAAGACAGGCUUCCACACUUCUUACAGCCGCUGUGAAAGAGGCGGAGAGGCUGUUGAAUAUUCUGCAGGCUGGGGAGGCCUUUUCCAGCCAGGGUCCAGAGAACUGUAGCUACAACAGCCACGGCAGUAUCCAGGAGUCUCCCUCUGAACCGGAUUAUCUUAGCACGCUCAGCGUGAGCUCAACCUCACUGAUGUCCGACGGAGACUGGCCAGGGCCUGACGGAUUAUUGUGCAACUCUCCCACCGAGCAGAGCGGGGACGUCAAUGGCACACAAGCAACGGUGGCGGAGAGUGUCCAGAGUCUGACGCAGCUUCUCUACAGCCUGCAGGCUGUGGUUACACUCCAAGACAGUUACUAUGAAGUCCAGAAAGUCCUCCGCAUGGAAGGACCACGUCCACAACCCCGCAUCGCCCUUCAAAACAACCAGGAUCACGAGAAACAGCGAAGCCUGGAGAGGAAGAGGGAGGACACGGAGAGGAAGGAUUCGGACCGGAGGAGGGACGACGUGGACGGGGUGCACAAGCUGCACGCCAGGCUCAAGCAGGACCAGCAGCUGUGGGACCGGGAGUGCCUGGCCCGGGACAAGCAACAGACCCAGCACGAGCUGCUGCUUGAGCAGCGUGAGCAACAGUGCCACCUAGAGGCGGAGAGGCUGCGCUGCGAGCGCAAGGAGCUGGAUGCCCAGCUGCUGGAGUACCAGCAGAACGUGGACCGGCUGUGGGAAGGCCAGCGCAGCGUGGAGCGGGAGAAGGAGAGGGUGGAGGCCCAGCAGCUGCUGCUCCAGAGCUGGAAGCACAGCCGGCAGAGCAGCCUGCCCGUCAUGAUCCCACUGGACGGAUACCAGGUGUCGGCCCACAGUCGCUCUGGCAGCCUGGACGGCAGCUGCUCCGUGCACGAGAACGAGGCGCCCCCUCUCCGGCCUCCCCCGCAGCAGAACAACCACCCCCACCACCACCCCCUGCUCGCACACCACCACCACCCCCUCCUCCACCACCACCACCACCAACACCACCACAGCAACCACCAGCACGAGAGUCCCCCUGCGGGGCCCAGGAAGCUCCAGAACAACGCUCUGCUCCACAGCCCCGGCCUCUACAACAGCCUCAACACACUCCUCAGCCAGGCGCUCGCCAAGCCCCCGCUGCCGCUACCGCUACCGCUACCGCCACCGCCCGACAGACAUUCCAUAAUCUACGGUCGCAGCCGCUCCGUCGGCACGCCGGGGCGAAGCUCGCAGCUCCAGAACAACAACAACAACGGCGGCACUGACCUCAGCCCCCCGUUGGAGCGCGUCUCUCAGGGGUCGUGGAGGCCCGUGGUCACAGGUCUGGGGCUCUACGAGGACGACUACCCCUCCUCCGCCUCACUCACCCCCCUCCUCAGCCCUCAGGCCUACCUGGCUCUGGAUGGACAGAGCGGGGAGGAGGGCGAGGAGAACAUUGUGUACCUCUGAAUGUCUUGCGAGGACUGAUGAGAACGACUGGAAGCUAGCCCUAACAGGACGGGGUUAGUGGGUCUGGUGUGUGUGCGUGUAUGUCUGUGUGUGUGUGUGUGUGUGUACUGGUCUGUCAGAGUAAUAAUACAUUUGUGCCUUUUAUUCAUUUCUGUGCCAACUUGCCAUUUGGGUUAAAUGAUCAAUAUAAUCGUUACCUCUUGUGCCUCUAUAUCAAAACAAGUUCUAAGCAAAUCAGCUCUUGUGCUUGUGUCCAUGCAGUGCAAGUUAAAUGCUUCUUGUGACCUGUGCUGUUGCACUUAUCAGACUGCUGUUUCCUGUAACGUUGAUGUAGGGGGAACCAUAAGCACUUACUGCUAUAUAUUUAUAUGUACGCAGAAUAAUGAUAACAACAACCCUUUCCAGCGUAAACUUUCUAUAAUAAGUAUAUCCCUCUGUUUGUCAAAAUUCUGACGCAAUUCUUUAGGGCAGGAUAUUUAAGUUUGGAUGUACUCAUUUUAAAUAUAUGUAUAGUUAUGGGAAAAGGCUUACUACGCACAUGGUAUUGAACGGAUAUAUUUGUAUCUUUAAAGCUUUUUCACCGUUAAAUGUCUAAUAUUAUAUUGUUAAAUACAAAUUGAAUAAAAAGACACCUGCAAUGUAACUAUUAUUAUAAAGAAUCUUGAAGCUGAAAUGUAUUGAUUAUAAUGUGUGUGUGUGUGUGUGUGUGUGUGUGUGUGUGUGUGUGUGUGUGUGUGUGUGUGUGUGUGUGUGUGUGUGUGUGUGUGUGUGU